AUGCCACGCCCAAAGAAAGUGGGAGCACCAGAACCUAAGAGAAGGAGUAGAAAUGGAUGUUGGCCCUGCAAAGCUCGCAAAGUCAAAUGCGACGAAAGUCGUCCAGCUUGUGUGAAUUGUUCGAAACUGAACGAAGUCUGCGAUUACAGUAUACGAUUGAAUUGGGAGGGCCGAGGCAAGAAAAGGGCUCAAAGUGAUGUCAUUACUACUGGGCAGAGUACCUUCUUGACCUCGAACCAAACAAAUCCAAAUGCAAGUAACAACCCUUCGGCUUCGGGGUCAUAUACAAGCUUCCGCUCUUCCCCCGCAGUAUCUGCGCAUCGUGAUGAGCAUUCAAGUCGCGACGAUGGGGCAUCUGUGGAACGUAUGGCCGAUACAUCGAUGAUUGAUCCCGCCUUGACCCGACCUGCAUAUCCACCCAUUGUAACUUUCCAAGAUACAUUGCCCAAAGAUUAUGGUCGCCAAAACCAACACUAUCCUCAAAGCUUCGAACGGUAUCAAUCCAGUGCCCCCAUCACUCCACUCUCAGCUCAGUCACCUAGCCUAUUGAUAUUUGGCCACCUUCAAGUUGCAGAUGAAUCUGGAAGUCCAAUUUCAAACAGAAGCGCACUCCCGGGUACCGAAAGUCCAUUGUCAACUCCUCCAUAUCUCGGAAGUGGUCGUGGAACGCCAGCGACUGAAAGCUCUAUCGCAGAUCGACCUGCUAAACGCACGCGAUACGACAGUUCACUCCAUAGUGCACGAAUGCUUCCUCCUUUAGUAUCCAAUUCGGAUCCCAACUACGACUCUCGAAAUACAAGCAUUCAUACAUCCGAGGUAGAACCUGAAUCAAUACGCGGGGUGGAUAUUGAUAAGAACAAAGCUAGGCCAAGUCGUGAAUUCUCACGCAGACUCUCGGUAAAUUCACUGUUGUCGGGACCGCUUGAUGGGACACCCUCUGAACAACCCAGCAAUGGGAGAGGGUGGGAUUACCAAAGUCAGGACUGGACACCGUACAUGCAUGAUGUAUACCAGGAUACAGAAACAUGGGGAAUUGAUCGAGGAUUGGUAGACUUGGACAUUGGUAAGAAUGAUGACAUUAAUGCAAUAUCAGAAUCGUCUCCCAAGCUAUCGGAAAUUCACCAGGACUUUGAUUCAGAUAAUGGAGGGGAGUUAUCGCCAAUGGAAUUUGGCUUCGGUAUGGAAAUCAAUGAGACAGCCCUUGAAGUUGGAUAUUAUGACAAACCGGUUUCGAUAUGUAUACCUCGUGUACUUCAACCACUGCCUGCGAAACUACUGGAAAAUCCUAUGAAUCUACUUCAUCAUUUUCUAGACCAUACAGCAGGCUGUCUGAUACCACACAAUUGUUCUUCUAAUCCAUUCCGAAGUAUUCUGCCGCAGAUGGCGGUUCGAGAUGAUGAUUUGUUACAUCUUCUACUUGCGUACUCUGCCACACAUCGAGCCAGACUCCUAAGACAUCCGGAACCUGCGACUCGUAUAGCUUUAUGGGUCAAAGACAUCUUUCCUAACCUUAGGCACGCACUCGAUGAUCCGAAUAAGAUUACAUCAAAUGUUAACCUUGCCACGGUAAUCAUGCUCGCAUCUUUGGAGAUAAUAUCUCCAAAGGUCUUUGGAGUUGCCGUUCCAUGGCAGAAACACCUCGAGUUCGCAAGACAAAUGCUCGUUGCCAGAGGUGGAGCCCAUCGUAUGCAAACUAUGUCCCGGAAAGAUAAAGUCUCGUCUUUUCUAUGGAGUUGGUUUGCAUAUUUGGAUGUCCUUGGCAGUAUGAGUGGAGGACAAAACCUUUCGUCCGCCUGGAUGCUGGAUUAUGAAGCAGAAGAUGAAGAGGAUGGUUACCAGAUUGAUUGUAUUCUAGGCUUCACUAGUCAUUGCAUCCGAAUACUUGCCAAAGUUGCUAAUCUUGCGCGUCAAUGUGACGAGCGUCGCAUUAAUCCUGAUUCAACGAUUAAACAAGAUUGGCAACCAUCCGAUGAAGUUGUGACCCGCGCGCACAAACUAGAAGCAGAUCUUAUCGAGUCGCGGCGUCACCCGGCGAAACCUUGCACCCACAUGCAAUCUAAGUCCGAAGCAGAAUAUGGUUGGGAUAGUCUUGAGGUCGCUGCAACCAAUGAGGCUUUUCAUUCUGCUGGACUAGUUCAUUUACAUCGCAGGAUACUGGGAAAACCCUCAGCACAUGAGGAUGUUCAGCAUGCCGUUGGUGAGAUACUUGGCUCCUUCAACAAGAUUAGGAAAGGAAGUAGUGCCGAAGCAUGCUUGUUAUUUCCCAUGUUCACAGCUGGAUGUGAUAUAUGGGAUGACAAACAAAGAUCGGAUAUCCUCGAACGAAUGAACAGGGUUGAGAGGUACGGAAUGACACAAGCACAUAAAGCACGGAGAUUGAUGGAGCAGGUCUGGGAGUCUGGGAAACCAUGGGAGACGUUGGUAGGCGGAGAAUUCUUUGGCUGA